CCACUAUCCCAAUUCAAUUCACAACCUCCCGAAAGGAAAGAAGAAGAAAAAUUCCCCACAAUGUCAGACGCCGACUACUCCGACUCUGAAGAUGACUAUGCAUACAUGGAAACUUACGACCGCCUCCGAGCCCCCUCCUCGGAAGCGCAAGCCCGGCACAUCAGCUUCACAGCCUCACACCAAGCCUACACCUCGGGCGACCGGGCCCUCGCCCACGCCCUGUCGCAGCAGGGCAAGCAGCACGGCGAGAACAUGAAAGCCUACAACAAGCAGGCCAAGGAUUUCAUCUUCUGCAUCAACAACGCCGACCUCCCGGACGACACAGUCGACCUGCACGGCCUGUACGUGGAAGAGGCGAUCGACGUGCUGCGCGGGUGCAUAGAGCGUAUAAGGAAUGGGGGUCUGUGGGUGAUUGUCGGUAGGGGGAACCACUCUGUGGGGCGGGCGAGGCUGGGGCCCGCGGUCAAGAGAUUCUGCGGUGAGGUCGGAGUGCAGGUUGGACAAGCGGUUGAGGGGGGGAGGUUGUAUUUGUAUUGAUUUUGUGGGGGUGGCGGUCUUGCUUCUUAUGUGUGGUAUGCGUUUUUAUUAGGCUUGUUUAGGCUUUUUGUUGCGCGGGCUGGCUGGCUGGCUGGCGGGGUUUUUUUUUUGAAACG